AUGGCCCCCUCCUCCUCCCAGGACUCUGCAUACCACGGCGACACCGAGGCAGACAUGGACGCCCUGCCCGACGACGCCGACUCUGACAUGGAGGAUACGUACUUCAAUCUUCCUGCCCCGCCGCCCAUGGACACCACUUCGUCGCCACCAGCCGACGAGGGUGAGUUCUCGUUCGCCGUCCCAGCCGGGACCGAGCCGUUAACAUCCCUAGCCGACGCUGGCAGCGGGGCAUUGCCCGCCUACAUUCCCGUGAACCCCCAGUCGGCCUCUAUCAGUCUCGGGAACGCGCAGUUCGCCAUUCCUCCGUACUGGGAAGACUAUGAGGUCAACACGCCUUCGGUGGACGACUACACCUUCAAGUCGGACAUCUGCAAAUUCAUGGACACCUGGAGAGUGGCUGCUGGCAUCCCCGAGUACCGGCUGAGCAAGAUCGGCUCAGAAGCUUCGAGAGUCAAGCACUGGGACCGCCCUCGGUCCAUAUUAAGAGAAGACCUCCAGGGAAAUCGAUGCGACAUCCAAGGCAUCAACUGGGACAGGCUCGAGACAGUACGAGAGGCCGCCAGAGAUGCCCGCACCAGGCUCCAUCAGGUCUCUGUGGGUCGCGUUGGCCUGCUUCCGCCCAGAAUGGCAAGGAAGCUGCCCAACACGGAGAGCUUCUUCCGCUUUCGGAGAAUGAACACGAACCACCAGGCCCUGAUAGCCCACUUCCAGCUGCGCAACCUCAUCGCAGCAACCUCGCGCGCCGACAUCUUCUAUGCCGGCCGGUCCAGGGUGAUGCGCACUGAUUCGUCAGGCGUUUCGACGAGCUGCGUCAUGGAUCUGACGAGGUCCCACUUCGAUUCACUGCACUCGGCAACAUUCGACAUCACGUCCAUGACUGCAUCGGAGAAUAUUCUCAUUGCAGGUGGCUUUCACGGAGAAUACGCACUAGUCGACUUGCAGUCCGAGUACGGCAGCAAGCCUACCCAGGGCUUCAUCACGCACGAGCCAAACGGCAUCACCAACCACGUGCACACCUUUGCGAACCGUAGCACGGGCGGCAGCAUGGCAGCCUUCUCGUCGAACGACAAGCGCCUCCGUGUUUUGGACUGCACCACGAACCGCUUCGUCCACGACUUUGGUUACGAAGAGGCCAUCAACUGUUCCGCCACUUCGCCGAACGGCCGCAUGCGCAUGGUCGUCGGCGACUUCCACGAAACGCUUAUUACCGAUGCUGAGACGGGCCGUCCUUUCGAGCGGCUGCCGGAGCACGACGAGCACACGUUUGCAUGUGCCUGGGCCGACGAUGGCAUCCACCUUGCCACUGGCGCUCAGGAUUCCAAGGUUGUUGUGUACGACGCCCGUUGGUGGCGGCAGCCACUGUCAAUUAUCGCCUCGACCAUGGCCUGCCCGCGCAGCCUGCAUUUCAGCCCGGUGGGUGGUGGACGGCGGGUCCUGUUAUCGGCUGAGGCAGACGACGUGGUCAGUGUGAUCGACGCCCAGACAUUCGACCGCGCCCAGACGCUCGACUUCUUUGGGUCUGUCAGCGGCGUCAGCUUUGUUCCAGACGGCUCCAGCUUCUUCGUGGCCAAUAGCGACGGCAAGUUCGGCGGCAUCAUGGAAUUCGAGAGGGCCGGCUGGGGCGAGAGGAUGGGCGUCCAGACCGAGCACGAGACGAGCCGAUUUGAGAGAGGUGGGUCGAAUCUCAGCGGCAGGCGGCCAGGUCGCCCAGUUGACCACAACCAGACCCAGUGGGCGAACGACCUCGACGCCGACGCCAACGCCAGGACGAAGCUGGGUUCCAUGGCGCGCAGGAGAAGAGGCCUCGGCCUGGGUGAGCUUGUCGUGUAG